UUGAGAUAAAAACAUCCUGCUUGUAACCGUUAGCUGCCAGUGAGCUGCGCAUUUCUCCAGUGAGGCGGUUACUUCUGCUAGCCCGGUGAAUUCACAAACACACACACAUGGACACCAUGGCAGAGGGCGACAAUAAAAGCUCUAAUCAGCUGGCCCAGGAGACUGCGCAACUCGAGGAGCAGCUUCAAGGAUGGGGGGAGGUCAUUUUGGCCGGGGACCAGUUCCUGCGGUGGGAGAAGCCAUGGUUCCCCGGUGUGCUGAUGGGUGCCACCACAGUGCUUUUCAUGCUCAUCUACUAUCUGGACCCCUCUGUGCUGACCGGGCUGUCCUGCACUGUGAUGAUUCUGUGCUUGGCUGACUACCUAGUGCCCACCCUCGCCCCACGCAUCUUUGGCUCCAAUAAAUGGACCACAGAGCAGCAGCAGCGUUUCCACCAGAUCUGUGGGAACCUGGUGAAGACCCAGCGUCGUGUGCUCGGCUGGUGGAAGCGCCUGUUCGCCCUGAAGGAGGAGAAGCCAAAGAUGUACUUCCUGUCAGUGAUCAGCAGUCUCGUGGUCAUGGCUUGGAUUGGACAGCAGGUCCAUAACCUCUUCCUUACUUACCUGAUUGUGAGCUUCCUUCUGCUUCUGCCCGGCCUCAAUCAGCAUGGCAUCAUCACCAAGUACGCCGGCAUGGCCAAGAGGGAGAUCAACAAACUGCUCAAACAGAAGGAGAAGAAGAACGAGUGAAAAGGCGUAACAGAGUGAUGACUAAUGAUAUAGGCGUAUUUAAGAAUCGAACACGGCCAUUUCCCCACCCGUACUUUAAGCAAUGGCACAGACCAGUGAUGUUCUGGCUUGAGCUCUGUUGAGCAAUGGAGAAAGAUGCAAAUCUAUAGGCUAGUUAAACUAGAGGCUUUAACACGAGCCAGUCGCUUCUAGGUUUCAGUUCACCAUUUGGAAUUUUCUCACAUUUUCAUCUUGAUUGGCAGAGCUUGGAUGUUCUAUUCAAUGCGGACGCAUCCUUCUGUGUUUCACAUCUAAAUGUUUGUGUCUAAUAAUAGUUUUUAAUGCAUCAAGUAUUGCUUUACAAAAAAAAACAAGCCAUUCCCUUUUAUAAGCCAAUAAGGUAACUACUGAUGUUCCUGAAAAGCUCUCGACAUGUAGCCUUCUUGUUCUCCUUCUUGUUGGCUUCAAGAGGUGACCAGUCAUCCUGCUGGAGCACGUAAUCGAAAGCCUUUAGCUUUGUUUUUAAAAACUGCACUGGAACCGUAGAAGAAACUGGAUAUUAUGAAGCUGUGUGCCGGUGCCCUGUGAUUGCUUGCAUGAGGGGUUCAGACCCGUACUGCUGUGAUUAUUUGAUUUGUUCUCCUCCAGCUCCAACCCCUCGUGCAGAGUCUUGGGUUACCACUGUAAAUAUAUAUACAUGUCCUCUUUGACUUCCGUAUCUGUGCAUGUCUGUCUCUCUGUCUGUGUGUGUGUGUGUGUGUAUGUGUUCGAGGUUUACUCUACAGCUUGUCUUGUCUUUUUCUUCUCACUCUCUCAUUUCAUCCUCUUUUUUUCAAUUCUCUGUUCAACCUUAAUUAAAACUGAUUUCAAAAUA